CACAGUGCCGAGCACAGGGACCCCGGAGCUGUGGUGUUAGAACAACAUGAGUGAGCGACAAGGUGCUGGGGCAACCAAUGGAAAAGACAAGACAUCUGGCGAAAAUGAUGGGCAGAAGAAAGUUCAAGAAGAAUUCGACAUUGACAUGGAUGCGCCAGAGACAGAACGCGCAGCUGUGGCCAUUCAGUCUCAGUUCAGAAAAUUCCAGAAGAAAAAGGCUGGGUCCCAGUCCUAGUGGAAGAUCCCCUUCCUAGUCUGCCAGAAGACACCGAAUUCAAACAUCAUCUGUCAAGAAAUUAAAAGAACAACACCCUAGAGAGAAUUCAUCUGCACACGAUACACACAUGCACACCUGUCCUGCAAUGCAUGUACAGAGACCCGUGAUAUUUAUUCCCUCAUAGGAAGAUGUAGACAAUGCAACUGUGAGUGGUUUAAUCUCUGUUUAUCUCUGGUAUCAUUCCUCCUGCAACUAUUUUCCUUGAUGUUGUAAUAAAAUGGAGUUACGAUGUGUGA